GUGGCUGCGCUGUUCCUGUGUUGUGGGGGUUUGACUGGGCAGCCAUGGAGAUCACUAGGCAGAGAUAAAUAUUGGCUGGCCAUUGGGAAGCACUGCUCUGCUCUUGAAAUACUGUCCUGGAGUCCUUCACAUCCCCUAAGAGUGCAGACAGUGCCUCAGUUUAACAUCUGAUCCAAAAAGUGGCACCCCCUGAGAGUGCCAUACUCCCUCAGUACUACAUUGAAGUGUCAGUCUAGGUUUUGUACUAAAGUGUCUGGAGUGGGAUGAACCCACAACAUCUGACACAGAUUUUAAGGACCGCCUAAACCUAAUAUAUGAAGCUAUUGAAGAAGCCGAUUUUCUGGCAAUUGAUGGAGAAUUUUCAGGAAUAAGUGACGGACCUUCAGUGACCACACUGACAAAUGGCUUGGACACACCAGAAGAAAGAUAUCAAAAGCUGAAAAAGCAUUCCAUGGACUUCCUGCUGUUUCAGUUUGGACUUUGCACAUUUAAAUAUGAUGCUGCAGAGAACAGGCACAUAAUGAAGACCUUUAACUUCUACGUGUUUCCAAAGCCACUUUCUAGAAAUUCGCCUGAUGUUAAGUUUGUUUGCCAGAGUUCAAGUAUUGAUUUUCUAGCAAACCAAGGAUUUGACUUCAAUAAAGUCUUCCGAGAUGGAAUUCCAUACUUAAAUCAGGAAGAGGAACGGCAACUUCGAGAGCAGUUAGAAGAAAAGCACCAUCAGUCUAAUGGCACAGGAACACCAUCUUUCAUUUCGCCAAACUCCACCAAAGGGCCCAUUGUCAUUCCAGAAGAACAUCGCAGUUUUAUUGAGAAAAUCGUAGAAAAGGUUGAAGACUUAUUGAAAGAUGAUAACGGAAGUAUUGAACUGGAUCCAUGUACUGGGUUCCAAAGAAAGCUUAUCUAUCAGACUUUGAACUGGAAGUUUCCGAAAGGAGCCCAUGUAGAAACGUUGGAGAAUGAAAAGAAAGAAAGGUAUAUUGUGGUCAGCAAGCUGGAUGAUGAUGAACGAAGGAGGAGAGAAGAGCAAAAACGAGCAAAAGAGCAGGAAGAAAUGAAUGAUGCUGUGGGCUUUUCCAAAGUAAUAUACGCCAUUUCAAAAUCGGGUAAACUGGUUGUGGGACACAACAUGCUGCUUGAUGUCAUGCAUACAAUUCAUCAGUUUUUCUGCUCAUUACCUGAUGAGCUAAAUGAAUUUAAAGAAGUAACAACAAGUGUUUUUACCAGGCUUCUAGAUACAAAACUCAUGGCAAGCACACAUCCUUUUAAGGAACUGAUAAUGAACACACCUCUUGCAGAGCUGGAAAAGCGAUUAAAAGAUGCACCUUUCAGACCUCCCAAAGUUGAAAGUGCUGAGGGAUUUCCGAGCUAUAACACUGCCUCAGAACAACUACAUGAAGCAGGUUAUGAUGCAUAUAUAACCGGCUUGUGUUUCAUCUCGAUGGCAAAUCAUCUAGGUUCAUUCCUCAGUCCCCCUAAAGUUUUUGUUCCUGCCAAAUCUAAACUGGUUGAACCUUUUAUUAACAAGCUGUUUCUAAUGAGAGUCAUUGACAUUCCCUAUCUGAAUCUGAGUGGGCCAGAUUUGCAACCAAAGAGGGACCAUGUUCUUCACGUGCGUUUUCCCAAGGAGUGGAAGACCAGUGACCUCUACCAACUUUUCAGUGCCUUUGGUAACAUCCAGGUGUCUUGGAUAGAUGAUACUUCAGCAUUUGUAGCAUUGAGCCAACGAGAACAGGUACAAAUUGCUGUAAACACCAGCAGGUAUGCAGAGAGUUACCGAAUCCAGACAUAUGCAGAGUAUAUUGAGAAGAAGCAGGAAGAGAAACAAACCAAACGGAAAUGGACAGAAGAAAGCUGGCGAGAAGUGGAGAGGAAGAGGCUAAAGACCCAGUAUGCUCCACAACCUUACCUUAGCCAGAUGUUUGAUUUCAGCAGAGCAAGUCCUAUUGUGGAAAAGAGAAGUAUGAGCCCUAUCCAGGAAGAGACAGCAUCUGAUGAAAUGGAAGAGGGUGAGGUUGCAAGUAAAGAUGGUGAGAGUGACUAUUCGGCCAACGACUGGAUAGACUCUUCGUUAUUGGAAAGCAGAAAAAUCAAGAAACAGAGGCAGAAAAAGGAGGAGCAGGGAAAAACUGGUAAGGGAUAUCCUGAAAUUGCCAAUUUGACGAGAGCCAUGGCAGCCUUAUUAAGACAGUUGCUUGCAGCCGUGCUCCUCCUUUUCACAAGUGUUGCUGUUGGCGUAUACUUCAGCUGAGGCAGCAGUGUAAAUACCCAGGCCAAGUUGUUUGAAGUCCCAGACACAUGGUGACAUGAAGCACGUUGGAUGAACAAAGUGGUAUCUUCCAGAUAACUCAGUGACCAGAUGCGACACUUGCAAGCCAUACUGAUCCAAGAGCUCCAAUCUUCAUGUGGUACAAGACAACUUUAAAAAGUCUCUAUGUAGAAAGUAGUUUGUUUUAACUGUACAAACACAAGCCAAUGUUACAUUAAAUGUUUUAGUCGGGUUUUUUGUCGUAUUGAGAAUUAAAUGGGGUUUGAUUGCAUUUCGAAUCUUCUAACGGUGUCAUCAGUUUCACGAGUUACAUUUCAAGCCAGUCCUGUACCACUGAUGACUUAGAGCAGCAACCAACACUGGAAGUUGCCUUGUGCCAGCUGUAUGAAAUGUUUAUUUCUGAUUCCAAAACAAAAUAAUCACUGUUCAGCACUGUUUUUUUUAUAUAUAUGUAUGUAUGUAUGUAUGUUUAUGUGUGUGUGUGUGUGUGUGUGUGUGUGUGUAUAUUACAUCAGUUGUAUCUCAAGUAAAUCUAAUGACUUAUUAUCAAUAACGUGACCUGACUUCUACAUUCAGGUUUUGUGUAUCUUUUUUAAGGGAUGCCCUAAGCAUUGUCAUCGUCCUUGCAAUAAGGACAGUGACCCUGUUGCGUGACCCUUUAGCUUAUGUUAACUGGCGUGGACUAUACUGAGCUUUCAGCCUUGUAUGUCAGAAGAUGCAUUGUGCACCAGCCUUUACUUGUAUGUAUGUGUGCGUGCAAAAGAGACUUGUUUUCUUUUUUUGGGGCAACGGUGAGUUUUGUAUCAUAUUUAAAGUUUUUGUAUCAUGAAGAACAUUGAAAUUUCAUGAAGGAAAAUUAAAGACAACUUUCUUACUACAA